AUGACAUUCUCAAGAGCCCUGGCCCUCGCACUGCUGGCUCUCCCCACGGCCUGCAGUGCUGAUGGCGCCAAUGGCACCCCGACACCUGCAGUCACUACGGCGCCCGUCUUCAUACCGCACUACGGCGAAGCCCAAUGGUCUGCCGUUCGGGGCAGCAUCAUCUCGACGUACGGCCCUCUCGUGUGCUGCCGCCGGGGAAGAGAGAAGAUGGAACUGACCAUCCUCUUGCGCAGCAUCGCCGAUCUCGAAUGCAACAUGAGGGGCACCACGGCAGCCACGUGCUCCGGCUACUCCAGCUACUGCUCCGGCUACACCAACGGGAAGUACACUGGACCGACGGAGGUAUCGUGGACGUCAACGUUGACCGGGUCCAACAUUCACUGGGGCACUCUCACCCUCGCCGACAAGCCGACCGAGACGGACGACUCGCUUGACGUGACGGCGACGAAUGUCGCCGUGCCAAUGGCGCCUCCGUCUCAAACGUACAAUGCCACUCCCGCACAGAGGGGUGCAGGCGACAGGCUGCAGUCGAAUCGAAGCUGGGCCCGAGCAAUGGCGCUGUUAAACAUGUUUACUCGGUUCGUUAUUAUGUAG